AUGUACUAUCUUUUUAAGACGGCACCAGAUAUGAGAUACGGCAUUCCGAUCGCCACACCACCUUCUAUUCGUGACUGGCUUAAUCUCUCGCAGAUUCUUGUUCAGUGGGCUUACUCGUUAUUCUUAUUUGCGCUUGUCAUUUAUCUACCCUCUCCAACGAUCAGCGCUACUGCUAAAAGGGUUGCGGUAGUGCUUUGGAUCUCUCAUGGGCUCUUCUCUAUCUUCUAUGUUGUUGUAGGAGGUCGGCCCGAAGACAUAAUAUUCAAUAUCAACCGCAACCUUCACGUCGGCAUCAUCAAUCCUCUCUUCACCUUCCUUACUAUCGUUGCUCGCUAUCUUCAGGCUCGUAUAAUGCCACCUGUCGAUAAACCGAAUGUAUGGAGCGAAUGCAGACUUCGCACCCAGUUGUUCAUAUUUAUGCUCCUUGCCAUUUCGUGGCCUUUCAGGCUGAUACUUCCUCCUAAUAUGUGGGAGUUGGGACCACAGCCAGCCAUAUUUCUUGGAUGGUACCCUUGGGUUGGAUGGGUUUGUGUCAAUACCACUAUCUUGACAAUCGAUCGAGGCAUUCUGCUAUUUCUAUGUAUUAGAAUGGCGAGGUUUAAUGGCGAGUUUGGAUCUCAUGAUGAACAUGAGGCUUUGAUUCUCUCCCGAGAGCUUUAA